AUGACUGAGGAGCUGGAGCUGGAGCUGGAGGAGGCGCGCGGCCGUCAGCCGCUGGGACGCUGUCCCAAACGGCCGGGGGCAAAGCUGCGGCCAGGAGCUCGCGCCCCCGUCAAUGGGCGGCCUCAUUUCGAUGUCGAGGAAUAUGGGAAAGCUUGGACUGUCGGCUCUUAA